AUUAAACGUCGCGCUGCACGAGCCUGCCAGUCGUGCAGAACCAGAAAGGUUCGAUGCGAUAUUGUUGUCAGUCAAGGGCGCUGCACAAAUUGCAAGUUGGAUAACCUCGAAUGUAUCCUCUUGAGUUCGAAGAGAGGGAAGAACGACACAACCCAGAAGGAAAACACAACCUGGCUACCGCCGGUGUCACCAGCUUCUACCAGAGAUACGAAUGUCGCACCCCCAGCCAUCAUUAACGAAGCACGUCAAGAAUCUGCUAUCCCUUCCUUACCUAUCACAACGCCACUGUCCGCCGCUUCCGCGUCAGAGUCGACUUUCACGGGCUGUUAUACCAGUGAUUCAUCGAUGGAGAACGACCUGCCGUCCUUCAUAAAACCUCUACCAACGAAUAUUGAUCCAGAAGAUCUGAAAUAUCUGGCAAGAAAAGGAGCAUUCAUUGUGCCUGCAGCAGACCUACGUGCCGAGAUUCUCCGAAGCUAUGUCUUCACUGUCUAUCCCUUCAUGCCUAUCUUGGACUUGAAAGAAUUUGUGGACAUUGUGCUGAACCCGGAUAGCGGCGGCAAGGUCAGCCUCCUUUUAUUCCAAGCCGUCAUGUUUGCUGGCCUGUCCUCUCUGAAACAGGAAGUCAUACAGCACACGGGAUGCAAAACAUUGAAGCAAGCGCGCAAGACUUUCUUCACCAAGGUUCUUUCACUCUAUGAUCUUGGUAUCGAGCGGCAGGAUACAGUUGUAUUGCAGUCUCUGUUGCUAAUGAGCCUAUGGUAUGAGAAGUGGGACGAUCGGAAACACACUUGGCACUGGACGGGGCUAGCACUCUCGCUUGCGCAAAGCAUGGGCUUGAACCGUGGAGCAGGCUCUGCUAACCUCCCACCGAAAGUGCGGCGCUUGAGAAGAAGAAUUUGGUGGAGUUUGUACAUUCGCGACCGACUGAUCGCACUUGGUACACGACGAUCCAUGCGUAUCAAGGACGAAGAUUACGACGUGCCACUGCUCGCUAUCGAGGAUUUCGAUAUCGAGCCACUCAACGGACCCUUUGGUGCUCCUUCCAACGGAUGGCUUAUGGGUCGCGAUGCAAAUCAGAGCAGAGGGCUCACGCUCAUGUGUAUCGAGCUCAGCAGGCUAUGUAUAUGCAUUGGCCAUGUGCUUCAGUCCCAGUACACUACUCUAGGCGAGCGAUCCCCACUCACAAGCACCCUGAUGGUCGUCCCAAAAUCUCCGUACGAACGUGCCAAAGAGCUUACGAAUCGUGACAACGAGCUGGAGCAGUGGUACCAAGGUCUCGACCCACAGAUCCAAAAUGUUGCUCAUGAUUCGCCCCGGGAUCCAUCGACCAACUCGCUGGGAAUUCAUUGGUCGAUACUACAAGUGAUACAUCAGACAGCAGUGAGCAUUCUGCACCGCCCACAGAUCCUGGAACCUUGUCCAAGUGGCUCAGAAGGGGCACAGGCACAACAUCUCUCAAGAGAAAAGGUGGGAAACGCAGCGCGGAAGAUUACAAAAAUCAUGCACGCUAUGCUGCGACGAGACCAGGUGCGAUUUCUGCCUACAAGUGGAUUGACGGCGCUUCUGUCGGCAAGCCUGGGCCACAUGUUGGAGAUCAAGUCCAACGACGAAAAUCUCCGAGAUGCAAGCAUAUUUCGCUUCUACCAGACUAUGCAGGUUCUGCAACGACUUCGCGAGAUAUAUGCUGCCGCUGAUUCGGCUGUCUCAUUCCUGGCAUCGGCGGUCCGGAAAGCAGGCAUCAGUGCGCCCAUCCAAUUG